AUGAAGGUGAUUAGUGUAUAUUUGUUGGCAAGUAUUUUUUUCUUCGUGCAAAUUUUCUCAGAAGAAUACCAUUGUGUUUGGUAUGGAGUUUGCAAUGGUAAAGUUCCUUGUCCUGUCACUCAUUCUGCACAAAAACUUGAAGGGCCUGAAAAAGCAAUAUCAAUAUUAAAAAGAAGGUGUCCACAUUUUUUCGAAAAUGAAAUUCCAGAAACAUGUUGUAGCCCUGAACAAAUUUUUUCACUUGAUGCUGAUCUAAUGAAAGCUGAAGGUGUAUUUGGAAGAUGCACAACUUGUUUAAAAAAUCUUUUCCAAUCACUUUGUGAUUUAACCUGCAGAGGAGAUCAAAGUCGAUUCAUGAGUGUCACAAAAACUGGAGAAAAUGAUGGGGAAAAGUUCGUUAAAGAAACAGAGAUAUACAUAUCAGAGGAAUAUGUAAAUGCGACUUUCGAUUCAUGCAAAGGAAUAGUAAAUCCAACAACGGGAGAAUUGGCCAUGGACAUGGCUUGUGGCGUUCAUCAAGCAAAAGGGUGUACACCAAAAUUGUGGUUUCAGUUUAUGGGAAGUACCGUCGAAAAUCCAUUAUCACCAGUUCAAAUUACAUAUAUUUACAACGCAACUGACAGUCCAUUAAAUCCAGCUACGAAACCCUGCAAUGAAUCUUACGAAAAUUCUACCGAAGCUUGCAGCUGUGUUGAUUGCCCUAUUUCCUGUCCAAUAGUGGAAUUAGGUCAUGAGGAUUCUCCCUUUCUUAUUUUUGGCAUCAACGGAUAUGGAAUUGUGGGAAGCAUGAUUAUUAUAUACAGCACUGUGCUGAUUGUUAUUUUAACCUACCUUUACGGAAGGUGGAAUUCUAAAAUUCGAAAUCCACAGAAUACAUCAGAUGCAGAUUUAGGCUGCAAAUCUAAAGCUCGUAUUCAGCUUCAUGGACUCUUGGAGUCUUAUUUCCGUAUUUGGGGGAAAAAUUGUGCACAAUACCCAGCAGUCGUGCUUUGUCUCUGCUCAUAUUUAAUUUUGGGUCUAAGUUACGGGGCAUUAAAUCUCAAAAUAACAGUAAAUCCCAUCGAAAUUUGGGCAUCACCUGAAAGUCGUUCAAGAAUAGAAAAAAAUUAUUUUGAUCGAAGGUUCCAACCCUUCUACAGAACUGAACAAAUUUAUAUUAAAGCUGUUGGUCUCGAUCCAGUUCUGCAUAAAAAACCUAAUGGUGUUUUCGAGUAUGGACCAGUAUUUCAUCCAGAUUUUUUGCUGGCUGUGUACAAUUUGCAAGAAAAAAUUUUACAGAUUGGUCAAGAAAAAGGAGAAGGUCUAGAAAAAAUUUGUUAUGCUCCUGUACAAAGUGAAUAUACUGGUCCGGUUACAAUUUCACUUUGUACGGUCCAAAGUAUUUGGGGAUAUUUCCAAGACAGUUUGGAGAAAUUUAAUAAAACAGAAUAUGUGAAUGGUUAUGAACAAAAUUACAUUGAUCACUUGGAAAAGUGUUUGCAAAAUCCAUACAAUCCAGAAUGUUUGGCUCCAUAUAAAGGUCCAAUAAUUCCUGCAAUUGCCCUUGGAGGUUUUAUGAAGGCUGGGCAGUACAAUGAUGAUGCUUUAAGUUACACGAAAGCCACUGGAUUAGUUUUGACAUUCCUCGUGAAAAAUACAGUCAAUGAAGAAGAAUUGAAACCAAUCCUCAAAUGGGAACAAGAGUUUAUCGAUUUUAUGAAAGGCUGGAAUCAAUACGAUAGACCCGCUUUCAUGGAAGUCGCUUUCAGUGCAGAAAAAUCAGUAGAGGACGAGCUUGAUAGAGUUUCAAAAGCUGAAGUUUCCACGAUGAUUAUUAGUUACGCUACCAUGUUCCUCUAUAUUGCAUUGGCUCUGGGAAAAUUUAAAGGAUCUUCGAAAUGCUUCGUCGCAAGUAAAAUUGUUCUCAGCAUUGGUGGAAUUCUAAUCGUUCUUGCUUCUGUUACUUGCUCACUCGGAGUUUUCGGAUAUUUCGAGGUUCCAACGACUUUGUUGACUAUUGAAGUGAUUCCCUUUUUGGUCUUGGCAGUUGGAGUUGACAAUAUUUUUAUAUUGGUCCAAACUUUUGAAAGAUAUCCUCGAGAAAGUUCGACGCCAAAGCAUAUGGGUCGAAUUUUGGGAUUAGUUGGACCUUCUAUGCUUCUCACAAGCACGUCCGAAUGUUGUUGUUUUCUUAUUGGCGCCUUUUCUACUAUGCCAGCUGUAAAAACUUUUGCACUGUAUGCAUCUUUAGCAAUUGUUGUUAAUUUCCUUUUGCAAAUUACUGCAUUCGUCAGCUUAUUAUCACUGGACACCCAUCGAUUAGAGAAAAAUCGCCUGGAUGUUUUUUGUUGCAUUUCACUAAAAAAAAGUCCAACAAGAACAAGUGAAAAGGGAUGGACACACACUUUUUUCAAAAAUAUCUACGUUCCCUUUUUGAUGAGAAAACCAGUCAGAAUAUUUGUCUUAGUAUUUUUUGUCGGAGCAGUAUCUAUUAGUGCUGCUGUUUCUCCAAACCUUGUGAUUGGUUUAGAUAAAAAAUAUUCUAUGCCUGAUGAUUCGUACGUUUUGAAAUAUUUCGAGUACAUGGAAGAACUUUUAUCAAUGGGGCCUCCAGUUUAUUUCGUGGUGACGAAAGGAUUAAAUUAUAGUAGCGAGACAGUUCAAAAUGCAAUUGGUGGAAGUCAGGGUUGCAAUCUGGAUUCUUUAUACUCACAAAUUUAUUCUGCUGCUAAACAACCUUCAAUAUCAUAUUUAUCAAAACCUGCCUCUUCCUGGCUGGACGACUAUUUUGAUUGGUCCACCAUUGAUGGAUGCUGCAAAUAUUUUCCAAGCAACAACACAUUUUGCCCUCAUACCAAUACAAACUGCACUGGAUGUAGUAUUCCUUCGUCUGACAAACGUAAGUCGAGACCAGAUGAGAAAAGCUUUAGAAAAUAUCUACCAUAUUUUCUGACUGACGUACCAGACCAAGAUUGUGCAAAAGCUGGCCGAGCUACUUAUUUAGACGCAAUUAGUUACGACAUUGAUGAAUAUGGUAUGACUGAUGUUGGAGAUUCGUAUUUUAUGGGCUACCAUAUUCCUUUGAGAACGAAUGCUGAUUGGUACGAAUCAAUAAAGGCUGCACGAAAAAUAGCUAAUAAUAUAACGAAUAUGAUCAAUAAUGCGAACCUUACACAAGAAAAAAUUAAUGUUUUUCCAUACAGUGUUUACUAUGUAUUUUACGAACAAUACUUGACGAUUUGGUGGGAAACAAAAAGUUUUCUAGGACUUUCACUGGCUAUUAUUUUUUUGGUGACUUUCAUCCUCACUGGAUUUUCAUUUUUUUCUGCUAUUAUUGUGGUCUUGAAUGUAACAAUGGUGAUAAUUAAUUUAGGAGGACUCAUGUACUGGUGGAAUAUUUCGUUGAAUGCUGUCUCGCUCGUAAAUCUUGUUAUGGCAGCUGGAAUAUCGGUGGAAUUCUGCAGUCAUAUAGUCCAUUCGUAUUUGACAUCCAGGUCAGUCACAAAAGUAGAAAAAACCAGUGACGCUCUUUCAAAAAUGGGAAGUUCGGUAUUCUCUGGGAUAACUCUAACGAAAUUUGUCGGAAUUGCAGUUUUGGCCUUUUCCAAAUCACGAAUUUUUCAAAUAUUUUACUUCAGAAUGUACUUAGGAAUCGUUUUAAUUGGAGCUGCUCAUGGACUAAUCUUUCUUCCAGCGCUAUUGAGUUUCAUAGGUCCUGAUAAUCGAAAUCGUGCUUUAUCUGAAAGGUCCUCGACUAGUGGAAAUACCCAAAUAACAAUGCAUGAGGGCGCACGGUAG